AUGACUGGCACCUUACCCAAGUUCGGCGACGGAACCACCAUUGUGGUUCUUGGAGCCUCCGGCGACCUCGCUAAGAAGAAGACCUUCCCCGCCCUCUUCGGCCUUUACCGAAACGGCCUGCUGCCCAAAAAUGUUGAAAUCAUCGGCUACGCACGGUCGAAAAUGACUCAGGAGGAGUACCACGAGCGAAUCAGCCACUACUUCAAGACCCCCGACGACCAGUCCAAGGAGCAGGCCAAGAAGUUCCUUGAGAACACCUGCUACGUCCAGGGCCCUUACGACGGUGCCGAGGGCUACCAGCGACUGAAUGAAAAGAUUGAGGAGUUUGAGAAGAAGAAGCCCGAGCCCCACUACCGUCUUUUCUACCUGGCUCUGCCCCCCAGCGUCUUCCUUGAGGCUGCCAACGGUCUGAAGAAGUAUGUCUACCCCGGCGAGGGCAAGGCCCGAAUCAUCAUCGAGAAGCCCUUUGGCCACGACCUGGCCUCGUCACGAGAGCUCCAGGACGGCCUUGCUCCUCUCUGGAAGGAGUCUGAGAUCUUCCGAAUCGACCACUACCUCGGAAAGGAGAUGGUCAAGAACCUCAACAUUCUGCGAUUUGGCAACCAGUUCCUGUCCGCCGUGUGGGACAAGAACACCAUUUCCAACGUCCAGAUCUCCUUCAAGGAGCCCUUUGGCACUGAGGGCCGAGGUGGAUACUUCAACGACAUUGGAAUCAUCCGAGACGUUAUUCAGAACCAUCUGUUGCAGGUUCUGUCCAUUCUAGCCAUGGAGCGACCCGUCACUUUCGGCGCCGAGGACAUUCGAGAUGAGAAGGUCAAGGUGCUCCGAUGUGUCGACAUUCUCAACAUUGACGACGUCAUUCUCGGCCAGUACGGCCCCUCUGAAGACGGAAAGAAGCCCGGAUACACCGAUGACGAUGGCGUUCCCGAUGACUCCCGAGCUGUGACCUUUGCUGCUCUCCAUCUCCAGAUCCACAACGACAGAUGGGAGGGUGUUCCUUUCAUCCUCCGAGCCGGUAAGGCUCUGGACGAGGGCAAGGUCGAGAUCCGAGUGCAGUUCCGAGACGUGACCAAGGGCGUUGUGGACCAUCUGCCUCGAAAUGAGCUCGUCAUCCGAAUCCAGCCCUCCGAGUCCAUCUACAUGAAGAUGAACUCCAAGCUGCCUGGCCUUACUGCCAAGAACAUUGUCACCGACCUGGAUCUGACCUACAACCGACGAUACUCGGACGUGCGAAUCCCUGAGGCUUACGAGUCUCUCAUUCUGGACUGCCUCAAGGGUGACCACACCAACUUUGUGCGAAACGACGAGCUGGACAUUUCCUGGAAGAUUUUCACCGAUCUGCUGCACAAGAUUGACGAGGACAAGAGCAUUGUGCCCGAGAAGUACGCCUACGGCUCUCGUGGCCCCGAGCGACUCAAGCAGUGGCUCCGAGACCGAGGCUACGUGCGAAACGGCACCGAGCUGUACCAAUGGCCUGUCACCAAGGGCUCCUCGUGA